AUGGAUGUAGAGGAUCAAAAUUCAAAUUUCAAAUGUAUUGGCAGGAAGGGAAUAAAACGAAAUAUAAAUCGACAUGUGGUACAACCUUCACCACCGAUACGUUCUUUACAAUCCUUAAACGAUAAUCCGGCAUAUGAUAACACGAAAGCCGAGGUCUUAUUAAUCGAUGACAAAUCCUUGCAAUUAAAUUUAUUAUCGAUUGAAGAAGAUGAUGGCCCUUUCACGAACAUUUCCCAUAAGAUGCAUUUCGAUCACGUCAGUCAUUCUACGGUGGAAAUGAUCAAAUGUGAACUAGCAAUAGUAAUGGAUGAUCUUCUGGUGAAACAUAAAAAUACUUGUAUAAUGCGUUUUGCUACUAAGCAAGAAAUGGAUAUUACCAUAUUCUUUGAUCUCUUUAUAACAUUUCUUAAUAAGCGAAUUUAUCAUCAGAAAUAUAAACUGCAAUAUAUUAAAUUGGAAUGUGUGGACAUAGCAGGAAGCGUAGGAAAUAAGAAAAAUGCACCCUCUGAAAAGGGGUUUACAAUGAAAGCUAAUCUAGCUGGACUAGGAGACAAUAGCGAUGAUGAUUACAAUAACAAUGAUAAAACAUUCAGAUUAAAAAGAAAUUCCACAAAUGAAUUUCGUUCUACUAGAGAUCUACUACUGUGGCUUUUAAAUGAAUAUAAUUAUAAGUUUGCUGAUAAUAAAGGACAUGAAAAAUUGCAGUUUACAUUUUCUUUAGUCGACCACCAUCAAAAUCUUUUUAAAGUAAAAUUGUCGCUUUUCAAUAUCUAUUUAGAUUUAAUGAGCGCCGAUGAUCGCAAUCAUUGGCACCAAUUUAUGGAUCAUAUGGGUGAAGGUUGCCAAGGACUAGAUUGUAAUUUUAUACACUCUGGUUUGACGAUAAGUCUAUCAGGUCACAUUGAAGGUAUAGCCAGUCUAAACACACUUUUACUAUUCGAUGUGCCGACCAAUAUUAAAAUGACAGCUGAUACAAUAGAAAUGCUACAAAUGGCCCAUAGUGUGAUUAAAAACAGGAAAAGAAAAGAAUUGUUGUUGAGCAAAAAGUUGGUCAAUUUAAAUCGUCGUAAAACUUUAUCUUCAAAUGUUUGCACAAAUUUUAUUCUACCACACCAAAAUCAGGAUUUGAACAAUAAUCUGGAUAUAAAACUAAAAAAAGAACGCCGCACUUCCUUACCCUUGCUAAAGGAUUGGUCAACGAAAGGGUUGUCUUUGUCCACGCCUUACAACAUUAAUCACACAAUUAUAAGUAAGCCUUUAUGUGACAAACCACAUUCAAGUAACGAUUUUAAUACACUUAGUGGUUGGUAUCGCAAAAUAGAUGAACGCUUUAGAAAAAUCUGUCAAUUGCGUGAGAAGUAUUACAAUCGAUAUUUUGAAUUAAAAAUUAAAGAAUUUUCCUCAAAUAUCCAACAAAUGUUCAAUUCAUUGGAAUCAUACAUUCCACAAAACGAAAAAGAUUUAAUCAACCUACAGGCUAAUGUAGAGUUACAUGAACUCUUCGAAAGUUAUAAUGAUGUCUAA